AAUCCAAGCAGGCACUAAUACUUGCAGUGUCGCUUUAACGAGAAACAGGAAACUCAUGAAUAUUAAUAUAUGCUCCGCCCAGUGCAACAGAAAAUCUCAGAAACCGAAUAUUUCAGAACACCGGACUCCUCGGUGGGACGGGCCGACUCUGCAAAUGGCUACGAGGCGCAAUUUGUUGAUUUGUUCGUCGUUAAUCUCCUUUCGUGCGGCUCGGAAGAAAGCGUACGCCCGCUCUGCCUCGGAGGCUGUUCUAAGGUUUAGUUGGCCGAGCUUCACUGAUAACAAUGUUGGAGGGAUAUAAAAACCGGUUGGUGUUGAGGGUUGAUACACAUCCCAAGAAGAGACAUCGAUGAUGUAAUGGUGAUUGUUGGUUGUAUCUUAUGGGGCGUUCAUGCUUACAUCACAGGUUUCAAUGUCAUAGCACUGAGUGACGCCGACAACGCAGGAUUAUCCAAAACAAACCUCACCUCAUCGCUUUCAAGAGUUUGACUGAAGUCAUUGGAAAGCAGUGAACUAAUCGUAGAAGACACGCCAGUAUUGCACCCACACCCCUUCACCGGGGCUAUGGAGGUGGAGGGGCAGCAGAGUCUGGAGUGCAUCCAAGCCAAUCAGAUCUUCCCUUGGAAGCCCCCCGUCCUGGAGGAAGAAGAUCUGCAGGUGCCCUUCCCAGAGCUGCAUGGAGAAUGUACGAAGUACGUGGGCCGGGCGGAGGAUGCUAUCAUCGCAAUGUCCAGCUACCGCCUGCACAUCAAGUUCAAAGAGUCAGUCGUUAAUGUUCCCCUGCAGCUGAUUGAAAGUGUAGAAUGUCGGGACAUGUUCCAGCUGCUCAUCACCUGCAAAGAUUGCAAAAUCGUCAGGUGUCAGUUUUACACAUUUGAGCAGUGUCAGGAGUGGUUGAAGAGACUCAGCGCUGCAGUCCGUCCUCCCUCUCGGAUAGAGGAGCUCUUCUCCUUUGCUUUCCAUGCGUGGUGUGUGAAUCUGUAUACGGGAGAGAAGGAACAUCAUGGAGAUCUGUGCAGGCCAGGUGAUCAUGUAAUCUCACGUUUCCAUAACGAGGUGGAGCGAAUGGGCUUUGACACUCAGAAUGCGUGGAGAGUCACUGAGAUCAACAGCAAGCACAGGCUGUGUUCCAGCUACCCUCAGCUGCUGCUGGUGCCAGCGUGGAUUACUGAUAAAGAGCUGGAGAAUGUGGCCGCCUUCCGUUCCUGGAAGAGGAUUCCGGCGGUGGUUUACAGGCACCAGAGCACAGGGGCCGUGAUCGCUCGCUGUGGUCAGCCUGAGGUCAGCUGGUGGGGCUGGAGGAACGCUGAUGAUGAGCACCUGGUGCAGUCCAUCGCCAGAGCCUGUGCUGUGGACAGCAGCUCCUGUAAAGGCGUCCCCAACGGCUCUCUCUCCCGCGAGUACACUAACGGAGCUGACCUCUCUGAUGUCGACUUUGACUCAUCCAUGACUAACAGCUCAGAGGUGGAGUCACUGGCCAUCCAACCUCGUAAACUUCUUAUUCUGGAUGCCAGGUCUUACGCUGCUGCCGUGGCCAACAGAGCUAAAGGAGGAGGCUGUGAAUGCCCAGAGUACUACCCUAACUGUGAGGUAGUGUUCAUGGGCAUGGCCAACAUCCAUUCCAUCCGCAAGAGUUUCCAGUCUCUACGCUUCCUCUGUACGCAGAUGCCUGAUCCGGCCAACUGGCUUUCUGCUCUGGAGAGCACCAAGUGGCUGCAGCAUCUGUCCCUGCUGCUGAAGGCAUCUCUUCUCGUCGUGAACGCAGUGGACCGCGAUCACAGGCCCGUCCUGGUGCACUGCUCAGAUGGCUGGGACCGCACCCCUCAGAUAGUGGCACUGGCCAAACUCAUGCUGGACCCUUGCUAUCGCACCAUUGAGGGUUUUCAGGUGCUGGUUGAGACCGAGUGGUUGGACUUCGGUCACAAGUUCGCAGACCGUUGCGGUCACGGAGAGAACGCGGAGGACUUGAAUGAGCGCUGUCCUGUCUUCCUGCAGUGGUUAGACUGUGUGCACCAACUCCAAAGGCAGUUCCCGUGCUCCUUUGAGUUUAAUGAAGCCUUUCUGGUGAAGUUAGUACAGCACACAUACUCGUGUCUUUUUGGAACGUUUCUGUGUAACAGUGGAAAGGAGAGAGAGGACAGACACAUCCAGGAACGGACCUGUUCCGUGUGGUCUCUCCUUAGAACUGCCAACCGCUCGUUCAGAAACAUGCUCUACUCCGUACAUUCAGAAACUGUGCUUCACCCUGUGUGUCACGUACGGAAUCUUAUGUUAUGGACGGCGGUUUACCUGCCCAGCUCUUCACCCACAACCCCUUCAGAUGACUCAUGUGCACCCUACCCAGCACCUGGUGCCAACCCUGAGGACCAGCCCUUGGGCAGGCGUCCCAAGACCCGAUCAUUCGAUAACCUACCCAGUGCUUGUGAAGUCGGAAACCCAUUAACUUCGAAUCGGCGUUCCAGCGACCCAAGUUUAAAUGAGAAAUGGCAGGACCCCCGCAGGUCUCUGGAACUCAACAUCGGGAACGGGCUUGAUGGUGCUGUAUCUUCAGAUCCAGAGGGGAGGGUCAAUGAGCAAAUGGGGUCAGGGCUUAUGGGAACAUUGCCCAUUGGGUGCACAGAGGAAAGGGAUGGGUUUGGGGAUGUCAGGUUGCCGAUGAUGGAGGGGGUUGAUGAGGCGGAGCUGUCCUUGACAGUGGGUGUGGCUAUGGGCCAGAUGGAAAACAUUCUCCAGGAAGCAACGAAGGAAGAGUCCGCACCAGAUAGCCGCAGAGACGCUAAGCCAGACCACACUAAUUAUACCUCUGCUCCAAAUUGCGAAAGUAACAAAAUUGCACAUUCCGCAGGGAUUGAAAGCAAUGGCAUUAGUGGUAAAAUUGAGACACCGCUUACUGUAAAUGCCCAUGAAAGCAAAGCUGAAAAUCUCGGAGACAGAGAGGUCAAUGGACAUUUUUCGGAGGAUGGUAGUUCCGAAGAGUCCUCUGCUCUCAGCCAGGAUACCUCUGUAAGCCAAGACUCUGAGGAACUAGCCGAGGAAGCCCUUGAGAAAUGCGCCCUACAGGAACCUAACCCCUCCCAUAAAAUGCUUAAUUUCACUCCCAAUGGCCUCCAGACUCUCAGUUAUAGUUAUGAAGUUGAGAACCCUCCAGGGCAGGGUCAGACGUCUACCCUUGCCCCAGAGACAAGGUCUGAGUCUCUUGAACAAGCCGAGAAACGUCUUUCCCUCUUGGAGAGUUCCACGGAGACGCUAACAGAGGACUUGGGUGUUCAACUCGAGAGUUUGGGACCCUUGAUUAUUCCACCCCCUCUUAAAACCCUUGCCGAAUCGUCGUGCCUCAAACAGGGUCUUAAAGCUCACCCUCAAGGCACUCCCAGAACUUUAAACAACACCCCAAAACGGCCGUCUCUCAGUGCCUUUCCACCCUCUACUGACCUCCUCCACCUGGUGUGUAAUGGAGAGUCCCCAGAACCAGAGCCCACAACUCCACAGUGGGCACGCACAAACGGGGAACGAGCCACGCUUAGCCGACAGGUGUCACUGGCUAGUUGUGGCUCGCUGACUCUCCACGCACGGGGCAACUGCUCCCACCAUCGCUGCCUGCACUUAGGUUUUCUGGGCCGGCCGAGCUUCAGCCCUCCAGAGCCCCCCUCAUCCCGGAGCCACCUGGACGAUGAUGGGUUGACCCUUCACACUGACGCUGUGCAGCAGCGUCUGAGGCAGAUCGAGGCAGGUCACCAGCUGGAGGUGGAAGCUUUAAAAAGGCAGGUACAGGAGCUCUGGAGUCGCCUGGAGAGCCACCAGGCCACUGGGAUGCUGCGACUCAACGGAGACAUUGGAGAUGAAGUGACCUCAAUCACAGACUCUGACUUUAACCUGGAACCGAACUGUCUGUCGCGCUGCAGUACUGAACUCUUCUCAGAGGCCAGCUGGGAGCAGGUGGACAAACAGGACACUGAGGUGACCCGGUGGUACCCAGACCAUCUGGCUGCCCAGUGCUACGGCUGUGAAAGAGGGUUCUGGCUGGCCACUAGAAAGCACCACUGCAGAGGCAAGGAGCGUAUGGAAGAGGUUUGGAGUUGUGGGAAUGUGUUCUGUGCCAGCUGUUGUGAUCAGACGAUCCCAGUGCCAAGCCAGCAGUUGUUCGAGCCCACUCGGGUGUGUAAAUCGUGUUUCAGCAGCCUUCAUGCUCCAGCGUCGGCUCUGGACAUAGAGCUGGACAAACCUAUCACAGCCAGCUCCAACUAAACCCAGAACCAGGUCAAAGUGCCUGCACACGUAUAACUGCUGAGGACCUGUGGGACGCGUUGAAGAAGGUCCAGAGACUGUUUUGGUGGGGCGUAGUUGCUUAAUUGUAUUUUCCCACCCAAAAGGGAAUUGUGUAUAUAUGGAACGAAGUGGAACAGGCAGAAAGUCGUCCGGAGAGGAUGCUUAGCACUUUCAGUUUCAGACUGCUAAACGUAUUUUUGCGAAGGCAGAGUGCGAUUUGUGAUGGCAUUAAAAGCUGCUUCUUCUCAAAUGGCCAGCGGAUGGUGUUCUUCUGGCAUUUGUUUUCAAGAGCCUCUUUUGAGUAGGAUUUUCUCCAUCAUCUCGCAAACAUUAGAUUUUCAUCGACAUUCUUGGGAAUGCCGCAGGAUGAAAGGUGCUUAUGGGACGGGACUGCUAGAUCUGCACUUUUCAACUCAUAACAAUAAGUACUUUGUCUCUUUCCUUGAGAAGGGGAGUAGAAAUGUGCUUUUUCCUUGACUUUUUCUUCUGUUUUAGAGGUUAGCAGUCCAUUUUUGGGGUCCAUUCUGGAUGCCACUCAACGUUAAAAACUCUUGGGGGGUUUUUAAGCACCUGAUAUCCAGAUGAAGUGCAGACCGUCAGUUUGCGUCCCCAGACAAAGGCUUUGGACGUGCUUGAAUAGAAGAAACCUUUAUCUUCUACCAUUUGGCUUUAUAGUGACAGGAAGUGAUGUUAGCAUGGACUGCUAGAGGGCACUGUUGGCUUUCUGAUCUGCUGUGUGGGUGACAACUGCGAGACACCGUCUGCUUCUCAGACGUUCUCACUAAUGCUUUUUUGUAACAUAAAUGCGAGACAAAUGAGAUAAUAUAAUAGAAUGAUGUAAGAAUGAGACAUAUAGCAUUUAAGAUGAGAAAUUGUAUAGAAUUCUUAAAUAGUGGCUCACUAAAUUAGUCACCAAUUAUAAGUUGUCUUUGUUUUCCCCAGUUGUAGCCAUUCUGGGUUUGUUUAUCUUUUUUCCUGAUUUUAUGUCUAGCGAUCGCUGAAAAGAAGAAUUUAAAUGACAUCUGUAUGGAGAGAGCUAUUGUAUUUGAAAUGCUGUGGUAGGGCCUCGGAAUUGUUUUAUUUAUUAUCAAGUUUAUUUUUUAUUAUUAUUUUAUGUUCAAGCCUGACAAUUGAUAUGCCACAGGAUAAUCAGUGUUGAUCAGUGUUCGCUGCCUUUCACUGAAGACAAAUCGCCCCGCCACCUUCCACAAACAAAUACCAAAAACACAUUCACUCUCAUACGUGCACAUUCACAUUCAUACAUGCAUCUUUAAACCUCUUAUUUGAGAAAUGAUGCACAAAUCACAAUCAAAAACAUUUCCGAUUCCUCUUUACGUUUUAUUUACUUUUUGGAGGUCGAUCUGUCAAUUCCCUCAGGCAAUAGACCUGAAUGGAAUGGUUAGACAUUAAAUCGUCACUUAUUUACUCACCCUAAUGUGGUUCCAAAGUGGUGUGCUGUUAUUUUUUUCUGUGGAACAUGAAAGGAUCAUUUUGAAGAAUCUUCAUGCAGCUGUUUUCUGUACAGCUACUCAUAGUGAUCACGACAGUAAAAAAAGAAAACUCUAUAUAAGUAGUCCUUAUAUGGCUGGUGCACUAUAUGAAAGCUUUGUGUGAAUAGCGACUGAAACGUUGGCCCGAUCCUCACACAUUGCUAUUGUUUUAGCUUAAGGAAGACUUGCAAUACAGUACACGAGUGGUAUGGACUACUUUUAAUGUGUUUUUUCGUCCUUUUUGGGGCUUGACAAACGUGGUCACCAUGAACUGUCUAAAGGAAAACAAGCUGCUUAUAGAUUCAUUUAAAAAUGUCCUUUGUGUUACAGCUUACAGGUCUGGAACAACAAGGUGAGUAAUGACUGGAUAUUUAUGUUUUGGGUGAAUUUUCACUUACUGUCAGCAUUCAUAAGUGAUGACACCGGUCUUAACAACGUGGUCUUGAAAUUCCAGAGGUUUCGGAUUUAUUGCCGCAUCGAUGGCCGUUAAUUCCCGAGACUGAUGAUAUCUGCACCUCGGAUUGGAAGUCAGCGUUAAGAGUGUUGUGGAUUCUGUCACUGCUUUUGCAUUAAUGCCAAUCCAUGAAUGUGAAAUUUGUUUUGAUUUGUUUUUUCAGAAAGAGAAAAUUUCAUGGUUUAUAUUUUGCACAUUGGCAACCAUCUGAAAUAGACACUGUUGCAGACUUCUGUACGAAUAAAACAAAGUGGAAUACCAACCUUA